CAAGUAUGUAACGUAAUGGAGCCCAGUCAGAACAACUGGCUGCAGACCGGCUGGAUCUUAAGACGUAAUGGACAAAGGAUCUUUAUUGAGCUGAAGUUCACUUUGAGGGACUGUAACAGCAUCCCUGGAGUAGUGGGGACAUGCAAGGAGACAUUUAAUCUUUACUACAUUGAAUCUGAUUAUGAUCUGGGCAAAAACAUUAAGGAGAGCAAGUACAAUAAAAUUGAUACCAUAGCAGCUGAUGAGAGCUUCACCCAAGGAGAUCUUGGAGAACGCAAAAUGAAGUUGAACACAGAAGUCAGAGAGAUUGGACAUCUUAACAAAAGAGGCUUCCAUUUGGGAUUUCAGGAUGUAGGGGCCUGUGUUGCCCUAGUCUCUGUGCGUGUCUAUUAUAAAAAGUGCCUGUCCACAGUGCAGAACCUUGCGAUCUUUCCGGACACGGUGGCAGAGGCUGCCUUCUCGACUCUAGUGGAAGUUAGGGGGACUUGCGUGAAUAACUCUGAAGUAGACUUGGAUAACCCACCCAGGAUGCAUUGCAGUGCAGAGGGGGAAUGGCUGGUCCCUAUUGGAAAAUGUACAUGUAGUGCUGGCUUUGAAGAAAAGGAAGGUAGCUGUGCAGGUUGUCCCCCUGGGUUUUAUAAGAUGUCUAGCCGCCUCCAGACUUGUGUUCCUUGUCCUGAGCAUACCUACACUAAUCAAGAGUCAUCCACUGUCUGCGUCUGUGAGAAAAACUUCUACCGAUCUCCUCUGGAUUCCCCUUCUACGGCUUGUACAAGGCCACCGUCAGCACCAAGGGACCUGAUUUAUAUCAUGAAACAAACAACAUUAGUUUUAGAAUGGAAUGCACCGCUGGAUACAGGUGGCAGGGGUGAUCUUACCUACAAUAUCUUCUGUGACCGUUGCUCCAUCAUCUUUCAGCAAUGUGAACCUUGUGGGAGCAGCAUUGGUUAUGUUCCUCAACAGAUUGGAUUAGUUGAUCGGACAGUUACAUUGGUCAACCUGUUGCCUCAUAUGAAUUACACCAUCCGAGUGGAAUCUGUAAAUGGAGUUUCGGACUUUAGUAUGUAUACCAAGCAGUUUGCUGAAAUUAACAUCUCAACAAAUAAUGCAGCUCUGUCUUUGAUCACUGACAUUCGGGCAGACAAAAUAGAUCAGAAAAGCAUCACGCUAUCAUGGCAGGAACCGACUUUCCCAUUCAUCAACAAUACAGAGUAUGAGAUCAAGUACUAUGAAAAGGACCAAAGAGACCAAAGUUACUCCACACUGAAAACACCCUUGACAGCAGUAACUGUUCAUAACCUGAAACCAGGAACUGUCUAUGUCUUCCAAAUUCGUGCAUCAUCAUCUUCCCAAGAUUAUGGAAGCUAUGGUCCAAGCUUUGAAGUGGAAACACUAGGGGAAUUGGCUCUAAUAUCCAGUGAACAGAAUCCACUAAUCGUCAUAGUCAUAGUGUCUGUGGCAGGAUUCAUUGUGUUACUUUCUAUGGUAAUAGGACUCAUGAUAUGGAGGAGGCAGUGUGGCUACAGCAAGGCCAGUCAGGAUGGAGAUGAAGAGCUCUACUUUCAUUUCAAAAUCCCUACAAGGAGGACAUAUAUUGAUCCAGACACAUGUGAAGAUCCCAUGCAAGCUGUCCAUUUGUUUGCAAAAGAAUUAGAUAAUUCCUGCAUAAAAAUUGAAAGAAUACUUGGAACUGGAGAAUAUGGUGAAAUAUGUAAGGGUUGUUUGAAACUUCCAAGCAAAAGAGAGCUUCCAGUAGCCAUACAGACCCUGAGAGCAGGCUGUUCAGAAAAACAGAAGCGCUCAUUUCUGGCAGAGGCGAGCAUCAUGGGACAAUUUGAUCACCCAAACAUCAUACGCCUUGAAGGAGUUAUCACUAGAGGUAACACAAUGAUGACGGUUAUGGAAUAUAUGGGCAAUGGCGUGCUGGAUUCAUUUAUAAGGAAAAAUGAGGGGAAAUUUUCAGUACCUCAACUUGUGGGGAUGCUGAGUGGCAUAGCCUCAGGAAUGAAGUACCUUACAGAGAUGAGUUACAUCCAUAAGUGUCUUGCUGCACAUAAAGUCCUCGUCAAUUCUAACCUGGUCUGCAAGAUAUCCGGAUUUCGGCAAUUUCAAGAUGAUAAACUUGAUACUGUGUAUACCACCAUUUUACGGAAUACAAAUGGUGGAAAGAGCACAGUCUUAUGGACAGCACCAGAAGCAAUUGAGUAUCAUCGUUACAGCACUGCUAGUGAUGUCUGGAGUUUUGGCAUAGUCAUGUGGGAAGUCAUGUCCUAUGGUGAAAGACCUUACUGGGAUAUGUCCAAUCAAGAUGUAAUCAAGGCUAUAGAAGAUGGAUUUAGACUUCCAGCACCAAUGAACUGUCCUCCUCCUCUGCACCAGUUGAUGUUAGAUUGCUGGCAAAAGGACAGGAAUGACAGGCCAAAAUUUACGCACAUUCAUAAUAUACUAAGCAAACAUGGCCAAAGCCCGGAAAAAAACAAAACAAAUAUUGGUCCCUGUCUUAGAUCACUGAGUACUUCCAUUCCAUUAAUUGAACGGACAUUUACAUCAUUCCCUUCAUUUAGUUCCGUGGGAGAAUGGCUGGAGGCCAUUGAAAUGGAGAGAUACAAGGAUAACUUCACAGCAGCAGGGUAUUGCUACCUCGAGUCGGUGGCCAGGAUGACAGUUCAGGAUGUCAUGAGUCUAGGAAUUACAUCUGUGGAACAUCAGAAAACUAUCCUCAGUGGCAUUCAGACCUUACGAGCUCAAGUUAUACAAAUGCAUGGACGGGGAGUACAGGUGUGA